AUGAUCGCGUCUCGCAGUACUCUGUCUUCCGAUGCUGCUGGUUGCGGAGGAUCGGGUUUUGUUUCCCUUGCGUGGUCAGCAGAUGGUGGAACUUUAGCGGGUCUUUCAGAUCGUCUCUGCAGUUGGCGUCUCAUCACAAAGCCGAAUCCCGGUGGUGUAGCAGGUUUUCACCACAUUCUAGAUCGUUCUCGAGUAGUCCGCGUCUUCGAUACUACCGACCGUCGAAAUCGCCUUUUUGUCUCCUGCGCUUCACCUGGGGUGCCAUAUUUCCCCUCCACUAUGAUUGCCAUGGAAGUUCACUCAGGUAUAUGCUUUGUUUUUGAUCCCAUUGACAUGCUCUCCUGUUCGCCUACGAAUCCUCCUGCUACUUUUACUAUGUCAACGUCUGUUGAAGAAGAUCCUGUGCUGUCAGAUGUGACUUCGGAGAUGUUGAAUAAGUCUUGA